AUUUUAAAAGCAUUAGAUCAAUAGUGUAUUUAUAGAGAUUAAAAUAAAUAACCCCAUUUGGAGGGAAUUCCCUAUCUUCGGCAGUCCAGUCCAAACAAUAAAAAAGAAAAAUAGAUUGAGACAAGAUCACUAGAUCUAUGAUCUAGAUCUAGAUUCUACAGUAUAUACUCGGUGAUCUUACUCUAUAAUCUAGAUCUAGAAGUCAAAUAGAUUAGUCCAGAACUUAACAAUUUAACAUAGUUUUCUUCAACUAAAUUAAGCCGAGAAUGAUCUGUAUAGUCACUGUUUUCAUAUUGAUGGCUAUAACUUACUAUAUCUUUGACUACCUGUUGAGAAGGCUAAAGGUUGGAGGAUAUCAUAACAGGCAUGUCCUAGUGACAGGGUGUGACUCUGGAUUUGGUCAAAGAACUGUCAUUAAACUUGACAAUCUCGGCUUUAAAGUAUUUGCUGGAUGUCUGACAGAAGAUGGAAAAAAGUACCUGUCACAGAACUGUUCCAAAAGUGUGGUGCCAUUUCUGUUAGAUGUUAGAAGUAAUGAAAGUAUUCAGUCAGCUUUGGAUCUGGUCAAGCAACAUUUACCUGAAAAUACAGGUCUUUGGGGUUUGGUAAAUAAUGCAGGUAUUCUGGUCACUAUGGCACCCACAGAACUUUGUACCAAAAGUGAGUAUCUGACCAGCAUGGACGUGAACCUGUUUGGUCUCAUAGAGAUGACACGGUCAUUUCUGCCUCUGAUUCGAAAAUGUCAAGGCCGUAUCAUUAAUACUUCAAGUUGGGCUGGACGCUUGGCCUGUUUGGCACCUGUAUAUGUUCUGUCAAAGUAUGGAGUUGAGGCUUACUCUGAUAUACUUAGAAGAGAGAUGUAUACUACAGGCAUCAAAGUCAGUAUAGUGGAGCCUGGGGGGUUCACAACACCAAUUAGUAGUGGGGAAAAAAUCCUAGAAAGUGUACAAAAGGCUUAUGAUCAGGCUUCUGAAGAUAUACAGUCAGUUUACAAAGUUUUUGUGGAAAAUUUCUUCAAGCGAAUACUAGUAGUUCAAGGCUCAUCCAACCUUGACCUUGUGGUGGAUACCUAUAUUCAUGGAUUGACCUCUCGUUUCCCAAGGACAAGAUACACACCAGGAAAUGAUAGCAAGUUUCUUUAUAUCCCAAUAUCUUACCUGCCCACAUGUCUUGCAGACUGGAUAUUGAAAUACAAUUUAAAAUAAUUCUCAUUGCAAAACCUUUUUAACGUUCUGUUUAUAAACAGACAUUAUCAUUAUUAACAUACUAAUUAAAGCUCAUUAUUUUAAAAAUUUAACUGAGAAAGCCAUGAAUGUAUCCUAAUUGACAUUUUUGAUAUAGAAAUAUAUGUAUCCAGCAUUAAUUACCUCGUAUAGUGUUAGCGCUUUCGUGGUGUCUAAUGCAUAUGAACCAAACGGAGGUAAUA